CGAAGGAGAGAGCGAGCGAGAGGGCGCGCGCGAGGCUCCCCCGAUGCUCUGAGGAGAGCUGGAAGGCGCAGGCUGCGCCCCACAACCCUCCCUCCCGGCUCAGGGUGGGAGCAGAUGAGGCUCUGCCUGGGAGAAUGCCCUCCUCUCGCCCCCGGGGCAGCAACUUUCCGGCCAAGAAGCCGCUGUUGGAGCCGGCGCGCUCGCAACUUAAUGCUCCAAGAGCAGCCCGCGCCUGCUGGCGUCCCGCAGCCCUCCGUCUCCAUCUUCCUACUCGGGAGGCUCCUGACUGCUUCUGGGUUUCUGCGGAGCCGCUUUUCCCGCCAGUCUCGGGGCAGUGCUGGCGCUGAGGGGGAGACCAGCCCGGCAUGCGGCGUCCCCUCACACCAUGAGAGACAGCCGGCGGUGGAGCAGCAACGGCACUAGGAGCCCCAAGCGAGGAGAAGCGGCGGGAGAGGGGCUGAGUUUGCCCGGCCUUGGGUACGACUGGAAGAGCAGCAGCGGCUCCAAGGAAAGUGGCCGCAUCAAGCGCGAAAGCGGCGGCGGCAGCAAGAGCCGUUCGCACACCCAGGUCGCCACCGCGGACAGCAGCAGCAUCUGGUGCGUCCUGGCCGCGCGCGCCCCCCUCUCCAAGCACAGGCUCCUCAGCAGAAAAAGCUGCUUAGACAAUCUAAUGGAUGAGGAUGAAAAAGACAGGGCGAAGAGGGCUUCACGUAACAAGUCUGAAAAAAAGAGACGUGACCAGUUCAAUGUUCUCAUCAAGGAGCUCAGCUCUAUGCUUCCAGGAAGUACCCGCAAAAUGGACAAAACCACUGUGCUUGAAAAAGUCAUUGGCUUUCUUCAGAAACACAACGAAUUCUCAUCACAGACAGAGAUCUGCGAAGCUCGGCAGGAGUGGAAGCCUUCCUUUCUCAGCAAUGAAGAAUUCACCCAGCUGAUGUUAGAGGCGUUAGAUGGAUUUGUUAUAGCUGUUAGCACAGAUGGAAUCAUCAUGUAUGUUUCUGACAGCAUCACACCUCUUCUGGGACAUCUGCCUUCUGAUGUAAUGGAUAAGAAUUUGUUAGAUUUCCUUCCUGAACAAGAGCAUUCAGACAUUUGUAAAAUAUUAUCUUCUCAUAUGCUUAUGGUGGAUUCUGCCUCAUCAAAUUACUUAAAAUCUGACAAUGAUUUAGAAUUUUACUGUCAUCUUCUAAGAGGAAGUCUGAACCCAAAGGAAUUUCCAACAUACGAAUAUAUAAAAUGUGUAGGGAACUUCCUGUCUUACAGUCAUGUGCCUAUAUCUCCCUGUAAUGGCUUUGAUGGUGCCGUUCCAAGAAGUUACAGAACACCAGCUGGAAAACAAGUCUGCUUUGUUGCUACUGUUCGACUGGCAACACCUCAGUUUUUAAAGGAAAUGUGUGUAGCUGAAGAACCUUUAGAGGAAUUUACUUCAAGACAUAGUUUGGAGUGGAAAUUUUUAUUUCUGGAUCACAGAGCACCACCAAUUAUAGGAUAUUUGCCUUUCGAAGUGCUGGGUACUUCUGGUUAUGAUUACUAUCAUAUAGACGACCUACAGCUCUUGGCACGGUGCCAUGAACACUUGAUGCAGUUUGGCAAAGGGAAGUCUUGCUGCUAUCGGUUUCUGACCAAAGGACAGCAGUGGAUCUGGCUGCAAACACAUUACUACAUUACCUACCACCAGUGGAACUCCAAACCAGAAUUCAUUGUAUGCACGCACACAGUAGUGAGUUAUUCAGAUGUUCGAGUAGAAAGGAGACAAGAUUUGAUCUUGAAAGAUGGUUCUUCGGAGGUCAUCUCUUCGGUAUUAAAGGACAGCGGUUCAGACUUGGAUCCUCAACAGCACUUUAAUGCACUUGAAUUAGGCGUGCCAGUUCUCAAUGCCAGUCGGACCCUUUCUGCAUCAUCUCAAGGUUCACACAAAUCUUUGACUACAUCCUUACCUGACACAGCAUCCACAACUACACAAUUGCUCUCAGAGGCUCCCUCCUUACAAAGAACCCCCAGUGUGCCGCAGGAUUUACUGCAGCGAUCCAGCCAAUCUGCACCUGUCCAGCUCUCGGCCCAGUUUAACAUGUUCCAAAGUAUUAAGGACCAGCUCGAGCAACGGACUCGUAUUCUACAAGCCAAUAUUCAGUGGCAACAGGAAGAGCUGCAGAAAAUCCAAGAACAGCUCUGCGUCGUACAGGAGUCCAACAUACAGAUGUUUUUACAGCAGCCAACACCAUCUCUGAAUUUUGCCAGACUACAGCAGCCAGAUCCUCAGGGGAAGUCAGAGAGGGUUUCUCAGCAGCAGCCGCAACCACAAGAAGUUAUUCCAAGGCCGCCUCUUCAAGAACAGGUGGCAGGUUCUCAAACAGCAGACCGUGAGAGAUUAAGAGAAGAAAAUAUCCUAUCCAGCCAGGAUCAGAAAUCAGAGAGAACCACAACAGGGAUGCAAGAGAACUGCCAUUCUUCCAGCACUUUAACUCCGCAAUUUAGCAACUCUUCCAUGCUCUCACAAUCUGUGAGUCUAGCUCCACCUGCUGACCUUCUACAGGAUAGCAGCCUCCAGCUUAGUACUCCGGACUACAGCCACGAUCGACAACUGAGACUUUUACUCAGUCAGCCUAUUCAGCCAAUGAUGCCUGGUUCCUGUCAUGCAAGGCAGUCAUCAGACAUUGGUGUGGCUUCUCAACAAACUAAGUAUUCUCAAAGCCUACAAGCGUUCCAAAGUUUGGAAGUGCAAGCUUCUGGCAGCAGGGCACCCAUAGUGCUGAUGGAUCAAGCAGUAUUACAUCCAGGGUUCCCUGCGGCACUGCCCUCUCAGGCUUCAUCUCUGCCACCUAUGCAACUAGAACGUCAACCGCAUCAACAGCAAUGCUACCUUCAGGUGCAGUCUGUAGGCCCUUUGCACAGCGAGCAAGCAGAUUCUCUAGUCUUGCCUUCCUACUCACCGCAGCAAGGGAGUGUAGCAUACCAUCAGGUGCAGUCACAGCAGCAGCAGCAGCAGCCUGCAGCCAGAACCAUCAGUUUGCCAGAGUCUUCAAACGUGCAACAACGUCUACAAUAGAAUCACAUCAGGCACUGUCAGUGCAGUUAGCUUUAUUUAUAGUGGUUGGGGCGAGGGGGGAAUGCUGGCUUUUGCACACGUGUUCUUUUUCAAAGCUUUGUGAUAAAAAGAGACUAUCAAGUGCAAACUGUGGUGGAUAGUGCAAUAGAAAUGAGUGGGAAUCACUUUGCAGAUGUUUGCACGAUUUUGUGACUGUGUUAUGAACAGUAAUACUAAUGUAUACAAUCACAUGCAAACUGUGGCACUAAUUGAUGUGUCUCAGUAGAAGGUUCUUCUGAAUACUUCAACCAGAAAGUACUCUUGCUAUUCCCCAAAAAGUAGACCCAAGUUACUUGGCCUUCACUAUUUUGAUUGAAUAAUGAAAAGCACUGGUUCAGAGAGAUCUUUUGAGGGAAACGACAAAAUAUUAUUUUAUUGUUAACAUUAUUAUUUUGCACAACUGCACAAAGAACGUAACCUAGCACUUUCAGUAAAGAAAAAUCUGUUAUGGUGGCCAAAAAGCACUUCCAGUGACAUAAAACAUAAUGUCAUUGAGUAAAACAGUGCCCUGCGGUAUAUAGUCCUUUGACUCAUAACUUAAAAGUAUUAAACUUGUUACCUUCUCGCUAUUCUAAUGUUUUAAAGAAAUUACACUGGACAGUUUCUGUUUACUCAGUGGAUUACAGUUUAUAAACAGCAAAUCUAAGCACAAUCACACAGCUAUUGUUUCAGCAUACCUGUCUUGCUCUUUAAACACUUUAAAGAGGGUCUCCUACAAACUGAACAGCCCCCUAACAACUGUUCACAGAACAAGCAUCUGGAAAAAAUAUGCACUGUGUUACAGCCCAAUAACUGGGAAAAUGCUGCAAACUAUUACAUAUCUGUUUCAUUAUGAUACUUAGGAUUCAAAGAGUUGCACUUUUGUAUGUUUUAUGUUGAUGUUUCUUAAAAAAGAUUUUAUGUAAUUAUAAAAGAAGUAGUGUAUUAUAUAGCUGUUGUAAAAAAAAAACACCCAAACCCAACCUAUUUCUAUAUAAAAUAAAAGUAUAUGGGAUUAUGUGGAAAUUA